AUCUAUAAAUCAAGGCUAAGGAUUUCAAUUCCAAGAGUGAUAAAUGGACAAAAUGGACAUUUUACAGUCAUGUUUCUUGAUGAUUAAAACAACUGCUGAGCUGAGCAAUUGGAUCAAACCAAGAGAAUGGAGAAUGAGGGACUUGAACAUGAACAGAAAGCUGCAAUGAGCCUGCACUGUUUACUUCUGCUAGAUAGCAUAAUCUCCAAGAACGAUGUGAACCAACUUUAAAGAACCUCCUUGAGUGACCCUUAUGGAUGAUGGAAUAGUUUUGUCUAAAUGGAUUUAUGUAGCAAGUCUUCUGUCGUGGCUGACCAGCCUGUUUCAGAGUGAAACAUUACAAUACAGAGGACAUCUUUUGCAAAGGAGAGCUACAAAUAAUGAACACUCUGAGUGGCCCUGGGAUAGUCAUUAGUCCUACUGCAGUAGCUGCUCCUCUGGAUUUCCAUUUACAUGCUGCUGUAAUGGCUUGGCAUGUAAACAGCAAUCUGACCCUGAACCAGAGUUUGCCUACAGGUGACACACUCAAUAACUCUGAUACAGACAGAGUGUCACGCAUGUCUAUCAAAGAAAAGAACUGGCCUGCACUUUUGAUUUUAGUGAUCAUUGUUCUUACUAUAGGAGGGAACAUAUUAGUAAUAAUGGCUGUAUCUCUGGAGAAGAAACUGCAGAAUGCUACCAACUUCUUUUUGAUGUCCUUGGCUGUAGCUGACAUGUUGGUGGGAAUUCUUGUCAUGCCUGUGUCGCUCAUCACAAUCUUAUAUGACUAUGUUUGGCCCCUUCCCAGUAAGCUGUGUCCCAUCUGGAUUUACUUAGAUGUGCUUUUCUCAACUGCAUCCAUCAUGCAUCUGUGUGCAAUAUCGCUUGAUCGCUAUGUGGCAAUUCGUAAUCCUAUUGAACACAGUCGUUUCAAUUCACGCACAAAGGCCAUUAUGAAGAUUGCAGCCGUUUGGACAAUUUCCAUAGGAAUUUCAAUGCCUAUCCCAGUCAUUGGCUUUCAAGAUGAAUCCAAAGUCUUUAUGAAUGGGAGUUGUGUCCUGAAUGAAGAACACUUUGUCCUGGUCGGAUCCUUUGUGGCAUUUUUCAUUCCAUUGAUCAUUAUGGUCUUUACAUAUUGCCUGACUAUUCAGGUACUUCAGAGACAAGCUACUGUAUUCAAAUAUGAAGAACUUCCAAAGCACAGACGUAGCAGCUUGAACUGCUUGAAAAAAGACAACAAUGUUGAAAAUGUUUCAAUCAUACAAAAUAAUGAGGGGGCAGUUCACCAAAACUCACCUUCAAACAAGGAAGCAGCACUGUUUCGUAAAGGAACUAUGCAGUCCAUAAACAAUGAACGAAGGGCAUCUAAAGUCCUAGGGAUUGUCUUCUUCUUAUUUUUAAUCAUGUGGUGCCCAUUUUUCAUCACUAAUAUCAUGUCUGUUCUUUGUAAAGGUUCCUGCAAUGAAGAGCUCCUUGCAGAGCUUCUAAAUGUCUUUGUAUGGGUUGGUUAUGUUUCAUCUGGUAUAAACCCUCUAGUGUAUACCCUUUUCAAUAAGACAUAUCGCAGGGCUUUUUCAAAAUACAUCCGCUGCCAGUACAGCAGCACAACUAAAAACUGCAUUCAGCGUCAAAAUCAUGCACAUAAUGUUGCCUCCACUGUCUUAUAUGGGAAAGACAUUAAUUUAAACAGUUACCGGAAUGGACACGAACUUACUAGUAUGGAGUUAGAAGAAACUGAAGAUGCUUUGGAAAUGCAAGCAGGGACAUCUGAACUGUCUAUAAACAGCUGUAAUGUGAUCAGUGAAAGAGUAAGCAGUGUCUGAUUAUAGGCACAGCUUUACUUUUUUUUUUUUUUUACUUUUUUUUUUUUUGCCCUCCUUACCAGACAUAUGCUGUAAAUUUAAUUUAGUCAACAGACAUAUACAUACUGUAAGCAUAAGAAAAAAUGCAUCCAUUAUACAUGUUCAAGUUUCACCUUUUAAAUCUUAUGUACAUAAUGUACUUUAUGCUGGUUGAUAUCCUGCAUUGUAAAGACAAGAUGUUUUAAUAUAUUUUACCACAAUUUUCACCAACCUCCUAACUCUGUGAUCUCAUAAACUUAAUUCAGUCUUAGCACAGCAUCUUAUUUUUUUAGCCUGAAUUUGUGAUUCUUAUGUAUGUACAGCUAGGUAAGAAUUCAGAAAUAUAGUCCAUGAAAGUAUAUUUUACUAAGAUCUGCAUUCCACAUAAUUGCAUGUAUUUUAUUUCCAUGAAAAGAUAUGCACUCUCAGUAUCGUACAGGUCAUAAUCUUUCAAAACAGAAAAUCUGGUGUCUGUUUCUAUAGGGUCCUUAUCAAUGUGAGCACUCACUACAUAUUAACCUCUUACAACAUAUCAGGGUUUUGAAGAGAAGGCAUCAUAACCAUUUCCUUUCUCUUUAUGGCUGUUUUAAGUGCAAUGUAAUCUAUCAAAUUAUUUUAUUUGAUCACUAGAGCAAUUAAAAAAACUUUUCAUACAUGUGUUAGAAUUAAUAUGUAUCUUUUUUAGUUGGGGACACUGACAGUGGACAUUGUGGCUUAAGUAGGAAGAGAAAAUGUUUUACUUGUGAAACAUGACUACAACCCAUCUACUGAAAAAAGUACUUUUUUGUAAACUCAUCAUUUAAAGCUUUGGCAAACAAAGCAACUGAAACAUAAACAAGUAAGAGUUUAGGCAGCAUAUUUCUGUAAGAAAAUUAUACAUACUUCCAUUUGUAUAUGAAUUUUAAUGAAGCCUAAAUUAGGCCUCACUGAGUGUUCAUUUAAAUAGCAACAUCUACAUUAUCUUGUUGGGGAAACUGAUUUUUUUCCAUGCAUGUAAAAAAUAUAGAAUUGCUAACUGGGUUUGGUCUUUCUACAAAUCUGGAAAAAUAAUUUCCUUGUGAAAUAAUAAAUAUUUAGUUAUUUUAAAUAAAGCUCAGUUAGAGCUCAGUGCUUAAAAUAGCUGUAUAGUUUCAGACUUUGUAUUCUUCUCUGAAGAGCAAUCAACCUGUCCCCAAACACAAGUAAAUUACAGAUGCAUGCCGGAUUGACAAUAUGUCUUCCAUUAGGUUUCUAGUACUUUACCAGCACAAAUGCGGUGGUGCAAAUAUAGCAUAAAUUAUAUAAAAUUAGAUAAAGGUCAAGAGGUGACAAGAUAAUAGCACAUUUAUGAAUAGUACAUAAUUAAGAAUUGCACAAUGACAGUUAAGCAUCUAACCCUAGUAAGUGAUAAUUACAAUAAUAACUCACAGGAUGAUAAUGUAUCUCAAGGCAUCUAAGGCUGAAGGUACUGGCAUAUGAUGACUUGUUUAACUCAAAAGUCAUUGAAAGUUUUGCCUUGACAUGCACUUGUGUAUGGGCAUUUUGAUCAGAACAAAUUAGGUUGUUAUGAUACCAAUGUUUAGAAAGUAAUGCAAAUAAACUGCCUUAUUUAUUGCAGCAUUCUUCCAUCACCAAAUUAAAACAUUUCUUUUGUAAGUGUUAAAAUAUAACUGCACCUUGAGUUGUUUCUCAUCUGCACUAGGUUUUGUGAUGCUGCAAAUUAUUUAUUAAAAAAACAAUUUGCAAGA